ACAGUCGCUUAUUACACACCAUGGAUAACACAAACACAAGGAUAUUUCCAUUUCGUUAUUGUAGCCGUUGAACCGCUAAACAUCUCAAAAGUCUCAAGCUUUCAUCGUUUUCAUCAUCUUGGUUCGAUCAAUUUUCAACAUUUUAAUCUUAUGAACCAUUUAUUUUUCGUUUUUCGAUGGCUCUAGUACCCAGUCGUCAAUUCUACCCAGCGAGCUUCUUCGACUCAUUCCAGAGCUCCUUCUCCAAGUUCCACGGCACUCAAAUUCGUUUCUUCAGGUACGGCUCUUCAAUUACUUUAACAAAGCACCAUAUCUAUCCUUCCCAAUACAUUGUCAAAUCUAGCUCAACCCCAGAAGAAAACCCAGGUAGAAAAUCUACUUUUGUAAGCAGGAACCAGACUGAUACUCGGUAUAAACCUGAUAAGAACUUAUCUUCUGGUAAUUGGAUUGAUAAAUGGAGUAAACAUGACCAACAGAAUCCUCCAAAACAGCCUAGGGCCGUGUUGGAUUAUCGGGAUAGUGAGAGUGGGAAUCGGCCAAGUUCAGGUUUAGUUAAAAGAGCUAGUAGUAAUGGUGGUAAUGAUGGUGGAGGUGGUGGGGGUGGUAGUACAAUGGAGAAGAUUGUGGAGAAAUUGAAGAAAUUUGGUUACAUGGAUGCUGGGAGUAAGAAUAAGGAAGAGAAAACAGAUAGAGUGAUUGAAAAAGGAUCUGUCGAGGAUAUAUUUUAUGUUGAGGAAGGAAUGUUACCGAAUUCAAGAGGUGGAUUUUCAGAGAAUUCCCCAUUUGGGAUAGAAAAUCAGGUAUUUGGAGGUGAUGGUGAUGGCGAGGUGAGGUUUCCAUGGGAGAAACCGAAGGGAAAAGAUGGCCAAGAAGGCAGUUUGAUGAGGAGAAGAAACCAUAGGACUUCACUUGCACAACUUACUCUUCCUGAAUCCGAGUUGAGGAGGUUAAGGAAUUUGACAUUUGAGAAGAAACACAAGACUAGGAUUGGAGGUACUGGCGUAACUCAAACGGUUGUGGACAUGAUUCAUGAGAGAUGGAAGACAUCAGAGAUUGUAAGACUGAAAAUUGAAGGACCGCCUGCACUUAAUAUGAAGAGAAUGCAUGAGAUAUUAGAGCGAAAAACUGGUGGGUUGGUGGUCUGGAGAUCUGGUACAUCUCUUGCUUUAUAUAGAGGUGUGAGCUAUGAGAUCCCUUCAUUGCAACUAAAGAAAAGGACAUAUAAUAAAACUGAAAUAUCUCCUACAAAAAAUCUUAGUGAUAAAUCUACCAGAAAUCUAGCCAAACUUGCUUCUGGUAUAACUAUGGAUACAUCCAUAGAGAAACUUGCUUCAGAUAGAAAUGUGGAUACCUUCAUAGAGAAGUCAGAAUCUACUUCCGAGCAGAAGAUAGAUACAAAAAAGUUUUCAGAAGUUAGGUAUGAAGAUGAAAUAGAAAGAGUUUUGGAUAGCCUGGGUCCUAGAUAUACAGAUUGGCCUGGAGACGGUCCAUUACCUGUAGAUGCAGAUAUGCUCCCCGGGAUGGUUCCUGAUUAUGAACCACCCUAUCGAAUACUUCCUUAUGGGGUGCGACGUUCUCUUGGUUUAAACGAGGCAACAUCUUUAAGAAGGCUUGCUAGGGUUCUUCCACCUCAUUUUGCUUUAGGUAGAGGCAGGCAACUCCAAGGUCUUGCUAUGGCCAUGGUCAAACUAUGGGAAACAAGUUCUAUUGCAAAGAUUGCGCUCAAACGUGGUGUACAACUGACUACUAGUGAGAGAAUGGCUGAAGAACUCAAGAUAUUGACAGGGGGCAUGCUUCUAUCCCGAAACAAGGACUUCUUGGUCUUCUACAGAGGGAAAAACUUUUUGUCUAAAGAAGUUACUGAAGCCUUACUGGAAAGGGAGAGCUUGGCGAAAUCCAUGCAAGAUGAGGAGGAGCAAGCUCGUUUGAGAGCAUCAGCCAUAAUCACACCGCAAUUUGAAAUAGCUGAACAAUCUGGGACUACUGGUACUCUUGGAGAAACAUUAGAUGCAGAUGCUAAAUGGGGAAAGACAUUGGAUAAUAAUCACAAGGAAAAAGUGAUGCGAAAGGCAGCAAUUAUGAGGCAUGCUACUUUGGUUAGAAAGCUUGAAAAGAAGCUUGCUUAUGCUGAAAAAAAGGUUAUGAAAGCCGAGCGAGCCUUGUCUAAGGUAGAGGAGUUUUUGAAACCAUCAAAUCAGCAGGCAGAUCCAGAUAGCAUAACCGAUGAGGAGAGGUUCAUGUUUCGUAAGCUUGGAUUAAGGAUGAAAGCAUUCUUACUUCUCGGUAGACGUGGAGUUUUUGAUGGUACUGUGGAAAACAUGCAUUUGCAUUGGAAGUACAGGGAGUUGGUUAAGAUAGUGGUCAAUGCUAGAACUUUCGAGCAAGUUAAAAAAGUUGCAUUAUCACUUGAAGCUGAGAGCGGAGGUGUCUUGGUUUCAGUUGAUAGAAUCAACAAAAAGAAAUUUGCUAUAAUUGUAUUCCGGGGAAAGGAUUAUCAACGCCCUUCCUUGUUAAGGCCCAAGAAUCUUUUAACAAAGAGGAAGGCUUUGGCACGUUCAAUUGAGAUUCAGAGACAAGAGGCUCUUCUGAAACAUAUUUCAGCAAUGCAAAAUACAGCAGACAGACUCAAGUCUGAACUUGAGCAAAUGGAUAAGAUUAAGGAUCGAGGAGAUGAAGCAUUGUAUGAUAAAUUAGAUUCUGCUUAUUCUACAGAUGAGGAAGACGAGGAAAAAGAGGACGAAGGAGAUGAGGCUUAUCUCAAAGCCUUUGGAAGUGAAAAUGUUGAUGAAGAAGACAGAAGUGAGGAUGAUGACAAUGAGGAGUCAGAGGAAGAAGACGACGAUGAGGAUUAUCUUGAGACAUUUGAAAAUGAACAUGGCGAUGAAGAGGAAAAGGAAAUCAACAACUUUCACAUUGUUCGCAUGGACAGAAACUUUCCUAGCCAUGUCCAGGAUGAGGAAUCUAAAACCGAUUCGGAUACCCCUCAAGAGCUUUUACAUGCCAUGGAUGGUUCCUUUGCCAGAGCCAACACAGUAGAUGAAGAAGAUAACUAUUGAAAUGGGGCAGCAGCAUGGAGAGUGUCAAAUAAGUUUUGACAAUGAGAUUUUCUGGUCUUUUCUCUCACUCACACAAAUCCUUUGGCCCUUUGUAUAUUUGAUAUGUCAUAAUUGCAUACAGGUUGUUUCUUUAAUAAUCCUUGAGAUGCCACAUAAUUUAGUAAAGAAGAAAUCAACGCUCACAAGUUUAUAACA